AUGGCACACAACAUCCAAGUUCUCCUGUUCGGGGACGUUACCUGCGACUACCAUGCAGGGCUCCGCUCGCUAGUUGCCCGGAAAGACAACCCGGUCCUGACAAGCUUCUUCGAGCGUGUCACCUUUGCACUUCGUGCCGAGAUUGGGAAGCUUCCGUUUUCUGACAGGGAUGGCUUUGUCAAGUUCACCACAUUCGUCGAGCUCCUCACCCGGCUCAACAACGCCAAGAUCCGGCACCACGCACUGGAGAAGGCGCUUACGUGUGUGCAUCAAUUCGCAAGCUUCAUCAGCCACUGUGCACAACCGGGGACUUCGUACCCCGAUGCAUCAUCAACACGCAUCGUCGGUCUUUGCACUGGCCUUCUCACUGGUGCAGCCGUGAGCUGCACACAGUCCUUGACCGAAUUGAUCCCGGUAGCAGUGCAGACGGUGGUCUUGGCUUUCCGUACCGGCCUCGUGGUCGCCGAUGUACGUGACCGCAUUGACAUGGGUCAGCCAGAUAGGUCCUGGUCUAUCAUGAUUCCCGGCCUCUCGGGAACUGCAGCGGCACCAUACCUGGAUGAGUUUAGUCGCGACAUGGGCCUUUCUUCUCUCAACCAACCGUAUGUCAGCGCGUAUGCCGACACUGGAGCAACGAUCAGCGGACCUCCGGAUGUUCUUGACCAGCUCAUCAAGUCGAAGAAGCUCCCCAAGAGCAGUUCGAUCAAACUCCGAGUCCAUGGACCUUACCAUGCUCGACACCUUUACGAUGUCGAGGAUGUGGACAAGAUCCUUGGUGCGGUCGACAAGGAAAGCAUGGGGCAGAAAUCGCGCAUUCCCUUGUUCUCAGCCAGCACGUCCGAAGUCUACACUGACAGCACACUCGACUCCCUCCUCAAGAUUGCUGUCUCGGAGAUCCUCAUCACCCCUCUCCGGCUUGACAAGAUCAGCAAGGGCCUGGCCUCGCACCUGACGGGCGCUUCUAUCGCAAGAUGUGACGUUCUUCCCGUCGCUACGUUGGCAGCUCAAGCGCUGUCGACCGAGUUGAAGAAGGCGGGCAUAGUUGAUGUCAGGGUCGACAACUCCAUCAUGAACCGCUCUGGCAGCUCGGAGCCGAUCGAGGGCAACAUGGGGCAGUCAAAGCUGGCCAUCAUCGGCUAUUCAGGCCGAUACCCCGGAGCUCAAAGCAACGAGGCUUUCUGGAACCUGCUUCACGAGGGACGCGACGUUGCGUCCAAAGCGCCCAAGACAAGGUGGGAUAUCAACACGCACGUCGAUGCCACGGGCAAGAAGAAGAACACCAGCGCAACGCCAUUCGGAUGCUGGCUCGAGGACCCUGGCCUCUUUGACGCCCGCUUCUUCAACAUGAGCCCCCGCGAGGCACCGCAGGUCGAUCCGGCGCAGCGCCUCUCGCUGCUCACUGCCUACGAGGCGCUCGAGAAGGCGGGCAUGGUUCCCGACGCCACACCGUCGACGCAGCGCGACCGUGUCGGCGUCUUCUACGGCACGACUAGCAACGACUGGGGCGAGACCAACAGCUCGCAGAACAUCGACACGUACUACAUCCCGGGGUCGUGCCGCGCCUUCAUCCCGGGGCGGCAGAACUACUACUUCAAGUUCAGCGGGCCCAGCUACAGCGUCGACACGGCGUGCUCGUCCAGCCUGGCGGCGCUGCACGUGGCGUGCAACGCCCUCUGGCGCGGCGACAUCGACACGGCCAUCGCAGGCGGCACCAACGUCACCACCAACCCGGACAUCACCGCCGGCCUGGACCGCGGCCACUUCCUGUCGCGCACCGGCAACUGCAAGACGUUCGACGACGAUGCCGACGGCUACUGCCGCGGCGAGGGCGUCGUCACGCUGGUGGUCAAGCGCUACGAGGACGCCGUGGCCGACAACGACCCCAUCGUCGCCAUGAUCCUGGGCGCCUACACCAACCACUCGGCCGAGGCCGAGAGCAUCACGCGCCCGCACGUCGGCGCCCAGCGCGCCAUCUUCGAGAAGGUGCUGACGUCGGCGGGCGCUGACGCCGACAGCAUCGGCUACGUCGAGAUGCACGGCACAGGCACCCAGGCCGGCGAUGCCCGCGAGAUGGAGUCCGUCCUGGCCACCUUUGCCGACACCAACAAGGCGCGCAGCGAGCCGCUGCACAUUGGAUCCGCGAAGGCGAACGUCGGCCACGGAGAGUCUGUCUCGGGCGUCAUUGCGCUCGUCAAGGUGCUGAUGAUGCUGGAGCAGAAUCUCAUCCCGCCGCAUGUUGGAAUCAAGACAAAGAUCAACUCCAAGUUCCCCACAGACUUGAAGGAGCGCAACGUGCACAUUGCAACCCAGCCGACGCCAUGGCCCAGACCCGCCGACAAGCCUCGCCGCGCACUCAUCAACAACUUCUCGGCCGCUGGAGGCAACAGCUCUGUCCUCGUCGAAGAUGCUCCCGUCGUAGCAAAGCCAGGCCUGGGCAGCGAUCCUCGAUCCUCGCACGUCGUCGCCAUCUCGGCCAAGUCCAAGACGGCGCUGGCAGCCAACGCCAGGGCUUUGCUCGACUUCAUCCAGGAGGCCAAGCCAGACCUGGCCAGCCUUGGCUACACCACCACCGCUCGCCGCCUGCACCAUCCCUUCCGCAUCGUCGCCCACGGCUCUGAGCUCGCCGACAUCUGCACCCAGCUCGAGCGGAAGCUGGUCGCCGUCGAGGGCGUCGCGGCGCAGAAGCGCAGCCCGUCGGUCGCCUUCGCCUUCACCGGCCAGGGCAGCCAGUACCCCGGCAUGGGACGGGAGCUGCUGCGCUUCCAGUCCUUCCGCAGGGACCUGGAGAGGCUCGACGUCCUGUGCCAGAAGCUCGGCUUCGAGCGCAUCCUCCCGCUGGUCAGGGCCGAGGGCGGCGACAUCGCCGAGCUGCCCGCCGCCACCGUCCAGCUGGCCUCGACGUGCAUCCAGAUGGCCAUGGCGCGCCUGUGGCGGUCGUGGGGCCUGCAGCCUGCCGCCGUCGUCGGCCACAGCUUGGGCGAGUACGCCGCCCUCAACGUCGCCGGCGUGCUGUCUGACGCCGACACCAUCAUGCUGACCGGCACGCGCGCGACCCUGCUCCAGCAGAAGUGCACCCAGAACACGCAUGCCAUGCUUGCUGUGGGAGCUUCCAUGGAAGACGUCCUCAACAACGACCUUGGAGGAUGCGACGCGAACAUCGAAAAGAUGCAGGAGGCGCUCUCGACGACGGGAUUCAGACUCACCAGGCUCCGCGUGCCCUUCGCCUUCCACUCUUCCCAGGUCGAGCCCAUCCUGCCCGAGUUUGAAAAGAUUGCCGGCAGUGUCGAGUUUCACGCGCCGCGGGUGCCUGUCAUCAGCCCCUUGCUGGGAGAAGUCGUCACUGAGGCCGGCCAUUUCGGAGCCAAGUACCUGUCCCGCCACUGUCGCGAGACGGUCAACUUCGUCGAUGCCAUGGCCAAGGCCAAAGCGUCACUCGUCUCCAACGACACCAUCUGGGUCGAGCGCAACAAGGACACCUGGAAGGUUCUGAGCAGCAGCCUGUCUUCUCUGUACGACGCCGGCGCCGCCGUCAACUGGAACGAGUUCCACCGCGACUUCAACAGCUCCGUCUCGGUCUGCCGCCUGCCGGCGUACAAGUGGGACCUGAAGAACUACUGGAUGCAGUACGUCAACGACUGGUCGCUGUACAAGGGCGACGCCCUCUUCCUCUCCGGCGCCGGCACCCAGCCGCUGUCGACCACAUCCGUCCAAAAGGUCGUCGAAGACACGAGCGACGGGACCAAGGCCACGCUAAUCGCCGAGUCGGACCUCCUCCGCGAGGACCUCGACCCCAUGGUGCGCGGCCACCGCGUCAACGGCGUCGCCCUGUGCACGCCCAGCGUCUACGCCGACAUGGCCCUCACCAUGGGCGACCACCUGGCCCGGAAGAAGCCCGAGUGGGCGGCGGCGCUGGUCGACGUGCAGCACAUGGACGUGCAGCGGCCGCUGGUGGCCAAGAGCAAGGGCAGCGGCGUGCAGCUGCUGCGCUGCCGCGUCGACGUCGACUGGGCCACCGGCCGCGGCGCCUGCGAGUUCUACAGCGUCACGCCCGACGGCAAGAAGCUGACCAAGCACGCCGAGUGCCAAAUCGCCUUCGUCGACGCCGACGCCGCCCUGCGCGAGCAGCAGGACGCCGCCCCGGCCAUCCUGCAGCGCAUCGACGGCCUGCGCCGCAGCAUCGAGUCCAGCCCGCGCGUGCAGAAGCUCAACGGCAACUCGGGCUACAAGCUCGUGUCGUCGCUGGCGUCCGCCGCCCUCGAGGCCACGGCCAAGCCGGCGCUGUUCGUCAUGAACGCCAACGACGAGGCCGACUUGGACAAGGAGGUCUUCGUCAACCACGGCUGGAGCUCGCUGCACUUCUACAAGCCCGUCUCGAUGGACAAGGCCGGCGACAUGAUCGUGUUCGAGGGGACUGAGGUCGUCGCGGCCUUCAAGGGCAUCAAGGCCCAGGGCGUCCCUCGUCGUCUGAUGGACUACAUCGUGCACAUGCGAGACGACACCAAGGCCGGACCUCCUCGCGGCGGCACCAAGCAGCUGACCGAGCAGCCCACCACCACCCAGUCCGAGGGCAGCAGUGGUGGUACUGCAUCGUGGUCCGAGGCGCUGCGCAUCAUCGGCGAGGAGAGCGGCGUGCCCGUCGCCGACCUGACCGACGAGACGUCGUUCGCGGACCUGGGCGUCGACUCGCUCCUCUCCCUGCUCUGCGCCAGCCGCUUCCGCGAGGAGCUGGGCCUCGACUACGAGUCCACCAUCUUCGCCGACUGCCCCACCGUCAAGGAGCUGCGCACCUUCUGGACCAACGGCACCUCCCAGCAGCCCGCCGCCCCCGGCGCCGUGCCCGGCGGCCGCGACGCCAUCCUGCACUCCAUGUUCCACGACGACCCGCCCACACCCGCUGCCAUCGAGCCCGCAACCUCUCUCCUCCUCCAAGGCAACCCAGCCGCGCCAGGCACGCUCAAAACGCUCUUCCUCCUCCCCGACGGCGCGGGCUCGUCGUCCUCGUACGCCUCGCUCCCGCGCAUCCACCCGUCCGUCGCCGUCGUCGGCCUGAACUGCCCGUACAUGAAGCGCCCGGACCGCUACACCCUGGGCGGCUGGUCCGUCGGCGGCAUCUUCGCGUACGACGUCGCCCAGCGCCUGGCAUCCGCGGGUGAAGUCGUUGCUGAUUUGGUGCUCAUCGACUGCCCCGUGCCGCGCGGCCUCGACCUGCUGCCGACGCGCUACUACGAGUACUGCGACGCCGUCGGCCUCCUCGGCGAGGGGCCGAACGGCGCGUGCGUGCGGAGCUUGCACGAGCACCACGCCGUGCCGUUCGACGUCGAGGGGGGGAGUACUGAGCCGCGCUUCGAGCGCAGGCCCGAGGACCCGGAGGGCCUGAAGUUCUUGACGGAGCGUCGUACCGAUUUCGGGACGUGUGGCUGGGAGACGCUGUUGCCCGAGGACUGCUUCGAGGUGUUCCGCGCGACCGGCGCGAAUCAUUUCAGCAUGAUGAAGGGCGAGCAUGCGAAGCGGUUGAGCGAGUUUAUCGAGAUCGCGCUGAUUGGGUGA